GUCCGGAAGGAAGGAGGCUUUUCUUCGCAAGGGCGGGCCUUUUGCAUGCGAAGCAAAGUGCGCAGCCCUGGGAGGAGAGCGGCAUGAAGAGGAGAGGAGCAGGGGAAAGAGAGAAGGAUGUCAAGAAACAGAAACUUCUUGAUGAACUUGGAGAGAGCCGGCUUCCAUAUUUGACACCCAAGGAUGAUGGCUUCCAUCAACUGUGGAAGACAAAAUAUUCAAAACUCAUCCUCAGAACUGCUGAGAAGAUUCCCAAAGAGGUCCAUGAAGAAGUUCAGGAAGCUUUUUUGACUUUGCAAAAGCAUGAUUGUUUUUUCCAAGAUCUUGUAAGGAUCAAAGGGAAAGAUUUUGUUACCCCAGUAUCUCGUAUAUUAAUUGGAAACCCAGGAUGUACCUACAAGUAUUUGAACACAAGGUUAUUUACGGUCCCCUGGCCUGUGGAAGGUUAUGAAAUAAAUUAUUCCCAUCCUGAAAUAUCCAAGGCUUGCAAGGCAUUAAUCAAACUUAAUUGCUACUUGCAUAGAGAAUCCAUCCAGGCUUUGCAAGAGCAGAAUUUGGCCGAAACAAAAGGAAUGGAAGAUUCUCCUGUCAUCGAUAGGCAUCAGGAUUAUGCUACUUCCAUUACAGAGAUGGGAUCCAUUCCGCAAGAUCAAAGCCCUUCUCAUGUCCCAGAGAAUGACCAUAGCCAUCUGAAAGAGAGAACAUCUUACAACCUGUCUUUAUUAAAUUAUAUGGAUCCACAACAAAUGCCGUUCUUGAAACAAGAGCCUUAUUUUGGAAUGGGGAAAAUGGCUGUGAGUUGGCACCACGAUGAAAAUCUAGUUGAAGGGUCAACAGUGGCUGUCUAUAGUUAUAGCUGUGAAGAACCUGCCGCUGAUAUUAUUGAGGAGAAGGCUCCAAGUGGCAGAGACCCAGCUGUCUGGCAUGUUGGCUUGAAAGUUGCUUGGGACAUAAAGAACCCGGGGUUGGCUGUACCCCUUUACCCGGGAGACUGCUACUUUAUGCUAGAUGAUCUCAACAUGACCCACCAGCAUUGUGUCCUGGCUGGCUUGCUGCCUAGAUUCAGUUCUACUCAUAGGGUGGCAGAAUGCUCGCAAGGGACCCUGCCUUAUAUUUUGGACCAGUGCAAUGCAGCACUUCAGAACUUGUGCACCGAUACUCAUUUGAGCUGUCCAACUUUGAAAUCUCUGGAUGUCGAUAUAAAGCAAGUGGAGGAAACCCAUAACGAGGUUGAGUUUGAGUGGCUCCGACAAUUUUGGUUCCAGGGUAAACGUUACAGGAAGUGCACUGAUUGGUGGGACAAACCAAUGGCUGCGCUGGAAGAAUUUUGGAGGAAGCUGGAGCUCAUGACAAGCCUACUGCUCUGUGAAUUCAGGAAAGAGGAACAGGCGGAGGAACAAAGGAAUGAACGAAUCGGCUGCCUCCUGCCCAUUCUUGAAGAGCGUCAGGAGCUACGGCAGGAUUGGCUUGCAAGGUGUCAUUCCCAACUUGUGGAGAAUUUACCAAAGGAUGAAAAGCCAGAAUGCCAUCCUUACUGGCAAGAAGGCGAUGCCAGCAUGCCGCUGCCAUUCAAUCUUGAAGACAUAAUAGCUGAGCUACGGAGUCUUCUAGAGUGCUAGAUGGAGCAAUUUGAUCAUGAACUGACUGAGGUUCUUUCACAAAGAAACCUCUUCUGUAAGAGGCACUAGAUCUCUCUCAGAACAGUGGGGUAGAGGAAGAAACAGCCCAGGGGGGAGGUAUUCUGGACCAAGUAAUAUUCUGGCUGCAUAAACAGUUAAGAAGUUAACCAAAAGUGUACAUCACAAGCACCAGAAAAUGAAAGUAAGAUUAUCUGUGGUUUGUUUUGAAGUUGGGUAGGCAGCCAGUUCCCUGCUGUGUUUCAGAUGGGCUGCAUGAAAUAAAGAGCCAAUUACAAAUUGUUUUAGCGCAAAUGUGGUUUUUUCCCUCCUUUUUUCUGAUGGUAAACAAAGGAACACUGAAUUAGAGGAAAAUGCUACCCAGUACCCAAUGCAAGCACUAAACCUGCCUUAGGCUGCAAUCCUUUACACACUUAAUCUGGCAGUAAGUCCUGUUACAUUCAGUGUGGCUUGUGCCUGAAUAGACAUGCAUAGGAUGUGGCAGAGUCUGCAAUCCUAUACAUGCCUACAUGGAAGUAUAUCCCAUUAAACUCAAUGAGACUUAUUUUUAAGGAAACUUGUCAAAGAUUGUUCUAUAAGAGAUUAAGCUAUUGGGAAGUCACUGGACUGGACUUCACCUAGGUAAGUCACAAUGAGCCUUAGGCCCCACAUCUGCAAUAUGGAUAUGAUAAAUAAUAUUGACCUACCUCUCAGGGUUGUUGUGAGGAUUAUGCUAAGAUAAUAAUGUGAAUUGUUUUAAAUAGAAUAAAAGUGCUUCCUAGAUACUAAA